CUCUUUAAUUUUGCUUGUUGGGGUAUUUUUAGUCUCGCUUGGAAUUAUAUUCAUUUUAUAACUUUCUGAUCUGUUUUAUUUGUUCAAGAAGUAUUAUAAAGUAAAAUGAAAGGGCCACGUACGCCACGAAGAAGUCCCAGAAGUGCUAGAAGCCCUAGGAGUUCAAGAAGUUCUCGUUCAACUGCUCAAGGCUCACCAGCUGCAGCACCAGGAAGUCCAGGUGACCAUGACAGCUCUGAACUGAUGCCUUUACCUUCAUCUCCACCAGAUCCAGUUGGUCACAUCGAUUCUUCUCCAAGGACUCCUGAAAGACCAAACCGUUCUAUGUUUAGUGAAGUGGAUCUUAGUUCUCCAUUGAAUUAUGGCACUCCAAGUUCUCAUGGCACUGCUCGUUCCAUUGGAAGAGGAACACCAAUACAUCAGCGUCAUGAUAUUAGAAGUGAAAGGCAUAUGAGACAAGUUGAGAUGAGAAAUGAAAAUCCUGAAACUGAGAUGACCGAACCUGCUGCACCAACUAGUGAAUCACACUCUGGUCCUCAACUUUAUAUUUGGGGAACAGACGUAGUUCUUAACCAAUGCAAAGAGAAGUUCAAGCGAUUCAUCAAUGAAUAUGUUGAUAUCAACUAUGAAAGUGAUGAAAGAAUGGAAAAUGUAGAUUUUGAUCGUCCAUUUUAUUUACAGAAAUUGGAAGAAAUUUUUACAAUAGAAGAGCCGUUCUUGAAUGUAAACUGUGCUCAUCUUAAUGGCUUUGAUGCUGAUUUGUACCGUCAGUUAGUUUUAUACCCUCAAGAAGUAAUACCUAUAUUAGACAUGGCAGUAAAUGAACUUUACUUUGAACGUUAUCCAGAUAGUCAGUUGCCACAUCAGAUACAAGUCCGUCCUUUUAAUGCAGAAAAAACGAAAAAUUUGAGACUUUUAAGUCCAGAAGAUAUUGACCAGUUGAUUACAGUGAGUGGAAUGGUUAUCAGGACAUCAAACUUGAUUCCAGAAAUGCGAGAAGCUUUUUUCACUUGCACAAUUUGCAAUGAAACUAAUGCUGUUGAAUUAGAUCGUGGACGCAUUGCAGAGCCAACAGUCUGUACAAGUUGUAAUACUAAAUAUUCCUUUGGUCUUAGCCAUAAUCGUUCACAGUUUACUGAUAAACAGAUGAUAAAAAUGCAAGAAUCACCAGAUGACAUGCCUCCAGGUCAGACUCCCCACACUGUUAUACUUUAUGCACUUGAUGAUUUGGUUGAUUCUGUCCAACCAGGUGAUAGAAUCACUGUAACUGGUAUUUAUCGAGCAAUCUCUGCACGAAUAAAUCCAAAACAACGAAAUGUGAAAGCUGUUUAUCGCACUCAUAUUGAUGUUAUUCACUUUCGUAAAGUCGACACCAAGCGACUUCAUGAAGAUGUGGAUGAAGGGGUUGAUUGCCGAUUUUCUCCAGAGCGUAUUGAAAAGUUGAAAGAAUUAUCAAGGCUGCCAGACAUAUAUGAGCGUCUUGCUAGAGCUUUAGCUCCAAGUAUUUAUGAAAAUGAAGAUAUUAAGAAAGGAAUCCUUUUGCAACUUUUUGGUGGAACCAAAAAAGAUUUUGCCAACAAAGGAAAAGGAAAAUUUAGGGCUGAAAUAAAUAUAUUGUUGUGCGGAGACCCUGGUACAAGUAAAUCUCAGUUGUUACAAUAUGUAUAUAACCUUGUUCCUCGAGGGCAGUAUACAUCUGGUAAAGGGUCAAGUGCUGUUGGUUUAACUGCUUAUGUCACUCGAGAUCCUGAAACAAGACAAAUGGUUUUGCAAACUGGAGCUUUGGUAUUAAGUGAUAAUGGCAUUUGUUGCAUUGAUGAAUUUGAUAAAAUGAGUGACAGCACUCGUUCAAUAUUACAUGAAGUAAUGGAACAACAAACUUUGUCUAUUGCAAAAGCUGGAAUCAUUUGUCAGCUGAAUGCUCGUACCUCUAUUUUGGCUGCUGCUAAUCCUGUGGAAUCACAGUGGAAUAAAAACAAAACAAUUAUUGAAAAUAUCCAGUUACCUCAUACUUUGUUGUCCAGGUUUGAUCUAAUUUUCCUCAUUUUGGAUCCUCAAGAUGAGGUAUUUGAUCGAAGAUUGGCGCGACAUUUGGUUUCUUUAUACUACAGAAGCCCUGAUGAAGAACAAGAAGAACUAUUAGAUAUGAGCUUGUUAAAAGACUACAUUGCAUAUGCUCGCACUUAUAUUCAUCCUAAGUUAAGUGAAGAAGCUUCACAAGCAUUAAUUCAUGCUUAUGUAGAGAUGAGAAAAGUUGGAGCUGGAAGAGGUCAAGUUUCAGCUUAUCCUCGGCAGUUAGAAUCUUUAAUAAGAUUAUCAGAAGCUCAUGCCAAAGUUCGUUUCUCUACUGUUGUUGAUUUGAUGGAUGUUGAAGAAGCAAAAAGACUUCAUAGAGAAGCUUUGAAACAAUCAGCCACAGAUCCGUCCUCAGGAAAGAUUGAUAUUUCAAUUCUUACUACUGGAAUGAGUAACACAGCUCGACGCCGAAGAACAGAAAUCGGUCAGAACUUAAGAAAAAUGCUUCAAGCAAAGGGAAAAACUACAAAGACUUUUGUCUAUCAGAAAGUUUUCGAAGAUUUGAAGACCAACUCAGAUAUUAUGAUCACCAGAGAUAUGUUUGAAGAAGUGCUGAAAGAUUUGCAAGAUGAUGAAUUUAUUGUUGUAACUGGAAGAUCAAGUAUCCGUCUGUGCACUUAAAGUGAAACGUUUAGAACUGUUUGUAAUGGCAUCAAAUGCAAAUAAUUGAUUUUAUAAUAGAACUUUGUACAUAUUUUUAAA